AUGUAUUCUCAACACUCCUUCACUGUGCCAUCUUCAUCUGCCUUCAAUCAAAAUGCAAUCUUUGGUCCCAUGUUGGCCACCAUAGGUCUCACGUUCAUUGUGUGGUUCUACAUGUAUGUUCGUAGAAUUAGGCUCAUCCUCACUUCGAAAGUAAAUCCAAAUGAUUUGACACCUGCCAUGUUGGCACAAAUGUCACCUCCUGCUGUAGCCAAUCCAUCCGACAAUUUGAAAAACCUUUUGAAGUACCAGUGA